AUGGUCGAGAGCACACCUGGAAGUCUAUAUACCACUGAUCCAAUGAUUAUAUCUCCAGAUUUUACAAUAUUUCAAGAUACGGUCCAGAAAAAACGUAUCAAUGAAUCUAUUAAUAAAUUAUCCAGUAAGAAAGCAAAGAAACAAGUAUCAAAGGAAGAUUCUCCUACGUUACAAAGACUAAUCAAAGAAUUGGAAACCGACAUUCCAGAGAAAACUUUACCGACUAAGCCAGUAUCUAAAUCGAAUGAGAGCUCGACCAAUUUUCUAGUUUUGUACCAAAAUAUAAUCAAUGUCGAAGAAAUUAGUAAAAAAACGAUACAGGAAGUCAUUCUUCACUAUUUCUAUUUUGGGAAAGCACUCGAGGAACGAUUAAAUCACUACAAAAAAAACAAUCCUAAACGUACGGCUCAAGG